AUGAAGUUGCAGAAAUCGUUCAUCCUGAACGAGAGCGAAGCCAAGAUCAACUGGGCCCCCAACAGUGCUGCAGCGUACGCCAUCGUCAACAAGGACGCCACCAACGAGUUUGGAGAAUACCCCGGCUACAAGUUCUCUCCCGCAACUUCCAAUGCCAUCUUCCUGACGGUCGCGAACCCGUCCAACGCCCUCGAGGCCGUCAACUUCGCCGACCACCACUUCUACGUGACCCGGCAGAAGGACACAGAAGCUCAGGCCGCUCAUCCGUACAACGUGCUUGAUCCUGCAGACCCCGUCAUCGACUUUGCCAAGUUCUUUGAUGGCGAGUCUCUGCAUCAGGAGGACCUCGUCCUUUGGUUCAAUCUCGGAAUGCACCACGCGCCGCAUACUGGCGACGUCCCCAAUACUCUGUUCGCCACGGCACACUCGGCGCUUCGAAUGGAGCCGCUCAACUACCUCCCGCUUGACCCCUCGCGCGCCACGUCCCAGCAGGUCCGGCUGAACUACAAAGACGGCAAGGUACAGUCCCUCAAGACGUUUGGCUCCCGGAACACGACUUGUCAAGUUGGCACGAGCCAGAUGGUUCCCAAGCUCUGGAGGGACACAGGUACGGCAUGA